GCCUUGGCCUCUAUCGGUUAUCGUGGCCACACCGCCUGGCUGACCUCUUGUGCGUGGGCGCCCCACCGACCUGAGCAAUUCAUCACCGGGUCUGUAGACCGGACUGUGCGUCUCUGGGAUCAGCGGAACCUGCAAGUUUCCCUUUACGAUCUAAUUGGCCAUUCAGAUAUGGUGACCGCUGUUGACUGGGCCUCUCCAGUUAUUGCACUUGCCAGAGCCCAGCCACAUCAAGCUGAUCACGAUAUUGAAGUUUCCACACCUCAAGUCAAGCAUUACAUUUUGAGUGCAUCUGCAGACGGAUCUGCCAAGAUUUAUCACUAUCAGGCCUAA